AAAUUUCUAGUCUUUAAUUCUCAUGAUCUCCAGCUUCACAGAUUCAUGUCGUCCUCUCUCGAUCUAUUUCAUCCGUCGACUCUUGUCAACCCAACAAAAGUACCUCUCAAGAAAACUACCUCCAUACGAAAAUCCAGAUGUAUCUUAUAUGGAAUUAUCUCAGAAGUUUUACGAAUUAAUGAAAUCAUGCGUAAGUAUUCGGUCGACACACUUGGCUCGAGGACUUCAUUGUCAGCUUAUCACAAUUGGGUUAGAUUCUUCGACUUUUAUGCGGAACAACUUAAUCAACAUGUAUGCCGGUUGUGGUUUGGUCGAUGAUGCGUCAUUGGUCUUUAAUGAGAUUGAGUUAAAAAAUGUGUUUAGUUGGAAUACGAUGAUAGAGGGAUUCAUAGAUUCAGGGCGGCUAUUGGCUGCAGAGAGGGUGUUUGAGGAAAUGCCUGAGAGGGAUGUUGUUUCUUGGAAUUCUAUGAUGUCAGGUUAUUUUCGUAAUGGGUUUCCAGAGAAGACUGUUGAGGUUUUUGUUUCAUUGGUUCGAUGUUUUGACUGUGUUCCUGGUGCAUAUUCUUUCACUUGUAUGAUGAAGGCCUGUGCUAGCCUUAAAAUUUUUAACUUGGCUUUACAAGUACAUGGUUUUGCCGAAAAGUUAGGAUUUUUAGGUGAUGAUUCUGUGGAAUCAUCGAUGGUUGAUAUGUAUAUCAAGAGUGGAGCGCCAGAUUUUGCCGAACGUGUUUUCUUGAAGAUGCUGAACCCAAAUAUGUUUUCUUGUAACUCUAUGCUUUAUGGUUACUCGAAAUUAUAUGGUGCUCAGAGGGCUUUGGAAUUAUUUGAUGAAAUGCCUAAAAGAGACGUCGUUUCUUGGAAUAUGAUCAUUUCGAUAUUGUCUAAGCAUGGGGAUGUCGCGAAAACACUUGGUAUGUUUAUUGAGAUGUGUUGUCAAGGUUUCAGACCCAAUUCCAUGACAUAUGCUAGUGUUCUCAGUGCUUGUACUAGCAUAUAUGAACUUAGCUGGGGGGUCCACUUGCACGGCCGAAUUAUCAGAAUGCAAUCAAAUAUCGAUGUCUAUGUUGGCAGCAGUCUCAUUGACAUGUAUGCCAAAUGUGGGUGCUUCAGAAAAGCACGUCAGGUGUUUAACGAUUUGAAAGAGCACAACGUAGUAUCAUGGACAUCAAUGAUAGGAGGAGCAGCACAUUGUGGUAAAGAAGAGGAGGCCAUUUCAUUGUUUAAACAAAUGAAGGCGGUUUCCGUGGCCUCUGAUCAAUUUACUCUAGCAACUGUUCUCAAUGCUUCUUAUGGUUUGCAGGAUAUUUAUCUUGGAAGCCAGAUCCAUGCUUAUUCAAUCAGAAUUGGAAUCGAUCAUUUAACCUCUGUAGCCAAUGCUCUUGUUACAAUGUAUGCCAAAUGUGGUGACAUUGAGAGUGUAAACCGUGCAUUUAACUGGAUGUCCCAUAAAGAUAUCAUAUCAUGGACAACCAUGAUCACGGCAUUCUCUCAUAAUGGAAACGUUGGAAAAGCUAGAGAAUGUUUUGAUAAAAUGCCAGAGCGUAAUGUUGUAUCUUGGAACUCGAUGUUAGCGACAUAUAUACAACAUGGAUUUUGGGAGGAGGGUCUUAAGGUUUAUGUUUUGAUGAGAAAGGAAGGAGUUAAACCGGAUUGCGUUACUUUUGUAACUUCAAUUUCUGCCUGUGCAUAUGCAGCUAUACUAAAGCUUGGGAACCAAAUUGUUGCUCAGGCUGAAAAAUUCGGUUUUGGUUCGGAUGUCUCAGUAAAAAAUAGUAUUGUUACCAUGUACUCAAAAUGCGGACGUAUUGGAGAAGCGUGCAAAACUUUUGAUUCGAUACUUGCAAAGAAUUUGAUUUCUUGGAAUGCAAUGAUGGCUGGGUAUGCUCAAAGUGGUCAGGGUAAUCAAGUGAUUGAUACUUUUGAGCAGAUGAUAAGAUCGGGGAUAAUGCCUGACAAUAUAAGUUAUGUAUCUGUCCUUUCGGGUUGUAGCCACUCCGGUUUGGUACCAGAAGGACACUAUUACUUUGAUAUGUUGCUUAAAGAUCAAGAUAUAUCUCCAACAUGCGAGCACUUUGCGUGCAUGGUAGAUCUACUUGGGCGUGCAGGGCGUGUCGAAGAGGCGAAAGAUUUAAUCGACAAGAUGCUCAUAAAACCGAAUGCUGCCGUUUGGGGAGCUUUGCUUGGUGCUUGCCGGAUUCAUGGCAAAGCAACAUUGGCGGAAACCGCUUUGAAGAAUCUUGUCGUGUUGGAUGCUGAAGAUUCUGGAAGUUAUGUCCUCCUAGCGAAUCUUUACUCGGAUUCCGGAAAGUUGGAGUCUGUUUCUAAUGUAAGACGAAUAAUGAAAGACAAAGGCAUAAGGAAAAAUCCGGGUUGCAGCUGGAUUGAAGUAGAUAACAGGGUGCAUGUUUUUACCGUAGACGAUACCAACCAUCCAAGAAUUAAUGACGUUUAUCGCAUAUUGGGGGAGAUUAUUGGGAAGAUAGAAGAAACAGGAAUUUAUAUCAAGGAAAAUGGUUCCGUUAAUAAGCCGAGGGCGUAUCACAGUGAGAAGCUUGCGUUGGCGUUUGGUUUGAUGACUUUACCGGCUUGGAUGCCGAUCCACAUAAUGAAGAAUCUCCGAAUCUGUGAUGAUUGCCAUUUGGUAAUGAAAUUGGCAUCUCUUGUUACCUCGAGGGAACUUAUAGUCCGGGAUGCGAAUCGCUUUCAUCAUUUCCAGGAGGGAGCUUGCUCAUGCCGGGAUUACUGGUAAAUCGCAAUUCCGUAUUGGAAUCUCACAAAGGCUAGACUUGGACAAUGUUUACUCUAUAUGUUGGUACGUUUCCCUCUGGGCUCUCCAAAGAUGGGGUUUCACCAGGUAUGAAACAAUAUGCUAAUAUUGUUUGGUUGGUUGGUUUUACAUCAAGUCCUAUGUGGAUGAAACUGACUGUAUGAGUUAAUUUGUUUGUAUAGAUUGAGAGGAUUUUUGUUUGUAGGAGCUUUUCAUAAAUAGAAGGAAAAUGUUCUGCCCAUCGGAAGGGCAGG